UGGUCCCCCUUCUAUUGUUUUUCCCUCAACUUUUCUAUUUAAGCAAUAAUCCCUCAAAAUAAUAGGAAAGUUUGCAAGAAUCCCUCAAUACCCCAAAAUCAGUUACAAAUAAAAAAUAAAGGACAUUUAUAACCUCAAGCUAAUAACGUGUAUAAUAUAGGAAAGACUUUCUUUCCAAACAAACAUCAAACACAAUCUUCAUCUUCAACCUCAAUCAAAUCUGCCAUUGUUAAUGAAUUUAUAAAGAAAAAUUAUACUCAUCUUAACUCCAUUACCGAGCUGAUCUCUGUUCAAUUUUCGUCCAUUGAUAGCUUCGCAGUCAAGAUCAAACAAGAUAUGCAUAGUAUUUUGAUAUUUGUUCACUACAAUGGAGAAUGGAAUCAAAACAUGGAGUAUGUAAAUUUUGAACCAAUGGGAAUAUUGGUUAAAGAAGACAGUGACUACAACAGUUUAUUGGAAAUUCUGUCAAAGCAACUCAAUAUCAACCUUAUGUCAACUUCCCUGGAAAUUAAGUAUCAAGUCAAAAACAAUUAUCCACCAAUGAAAAUAACAGACAAUGGAAAUUUGUCAUUCUACUUGGAGCUGAAAAAGAAUGCAACAGAUUGCAUGAUGUACCCGUUAUGCAUUUCAUUCAUAUCGUCCGGAAAUGAAGUGGCAUUCUUUGACUCAACUUUCAAUGUAUCAAAUGCGGAUGUGCAGUCAGGACAACAAUCAGCAAAUGCAUCAAGAUCAACAUAUGAGGUAGGCUCAACAAGUGAAAAAAGGAAAGAACAGAUGUCCGAUGUGAUAAACUAUGCUAGAUUUUUGAACAAUGAGUUCACACAUGAUGAAGAUGAAGUGGAAAGUAACUUCAAAGAUGAUAAUUUAAUAACAGACACAAAACAUAGAGAAAUCAAAGAAGGACAGUCAUACAAGAACAAAGAUGUUUUGAAAUCAGUUUUGAGCUCUUAUGCAAUCAACAACCAUUUUCAAUUCAAGGUACGGAGAUCAUGUGAAAGGCAAUAUUUCUUGAGUUGUUUGGAUACAAAUUGCACAUGGAAACUUAAUGCUUCAAGAAAAGGAACAUCACAGAUUUUUAUCAUUCGAAAACUUAUUAUUAACCACAAUUGCUCAAUGGUUGUGAGAACUAGUGAUCAAAGGCAGGCAACAUCGAGUGUAAUUGGUGAAUACAUUAAAUCCAAGUACACCAACCUCAAAACUGUAUACAAACCGGCUGAUAUUUUGAGAGACAUGAGAGAUGAUCAUGGAAUAAAAAUGAGCUACUCUAAAGCCUACAGAUCGAAAGUAGUAGCUCAAGAAAUGGUAAGAGGAAAACCUUAUGACUCUUUUUCAUUAAUACCAAGCUACUUGUACAUGCUAGUGGUUGCAAAUCCGGGUUCGUUUGUCAAGUUGGAAGUAAAAGAUGACAAUAGCUUCCUUUAUGUUUUCAUGGCAUUGAAUGCAUCUAUAAAAGGAUGGGAGUUCUGCAUUCCGGUAAUUGCUGUUGAUGGCACUUUCCUUACUUCAGCCUAUGGAGGUAUGCUUUUAACAGCAUGUGCACAAGAUGGAAAUGGUAAGAUAUUUCCUCUAGCUUUUUCAGUAGUGGAUUCUGAAAACGAUGACUCCUGGGAGUGGUUUAUGAGGAGAAUUAGAGAUGCAUUUAAGAUGCGAAGUGACAUGUGUAUAGUCUCUGAUCGACAUGAAAGCAUAAAAAAUGCAGCCAUUGCAGUUUUUCCAGAAGCUUCCCAUGUAUUGUGCACAUUUCAUUUAUUCAACAAUGUUAAAAGAAACUUCAAGAAGUCAUCAAAACCACUACGAGAAGCAUUUUAUGGGGCAGCAAAAGCCUACACAACUGAGGCAUUUGACUACUACAUGAAGCAACUUGACGGUAUGUGCAGAGGUUUAAAGACUUACCUAGAAGCUGUUAAGUAUAAAAAAUGGGCACGAGCACAUUGCGAAAAUAACAGGCACAAAGUCAUGACAACUAAUAUUGCAGAAUCAAUGAAUUCAAGAAUAAAGGCAGGUAAGGAUCUCCCAAUCACUACACUACUUGAGUACCUACGAAAAAUGGUGCAAGAAUGGAGCUACGCGAAUAGGCAUUUGGCACGAUCAACUUUCACAAACCUAUCAAAAAGAGCAGAAGAUAUAUUGAAUGACAAUUACAUUCAGUCAUUGAAAUUAGUGGUUUCAAAUUCAAAUGACAAUGUGAAGACAGUCUAUGAUCAUAAAACAAAGUUCAUUGUCGACCUUAAAGAAAGAACGUGCACAUGUAGGAGAUUCGACAUUGAUGAAAUUCCUUGCCCACAUGCAAUGGCAAUACUCAAAGAAUUCAAUCAAGAUCCUUACAAAUUUUGUUCGCAUUAUUUCACAAAAGAAACAAUACUGAAGACAUAUGAAGAAACAGUAUAUCCAGUGGUAGAUGAAAGUUUGUGGAAUGUCCCAGAAGAAGUGGCACAAAAGAUUGUUAAUACACCACAAGGAAGAACAAAGUCGGGAAGGCCUAGGAAGAAACGAAUUAGAUCUGCCGAGGAAACUACAAAUCAUAACAAGUGCAGCAGAUGUGAAAAAAAAGGACACAAUGUGAAGACAUGCAGGAAUAUGCCUAAGAAAAAAUGAUCCAAUUUAUUAAAGUUCACUUCAGGUUGAUAUAAGGUUGU